UCUCAAAAAUUUCAGGACCCCCAUUAUGAAUACGUUAACCCUUUCUUUCUCUAUAGCGGUAGCCUUCGGAGUUUUCUCGACUGUGUUAUUUGCAAUGCAUUUAUACAAUAGUAUAGUUUGGAUCACGGACUUAAAGGAUGACAAGCUUAAGGAUAAAUGUGUGGGAAGCGGCUCCUUUAUGACGGCGCUCUCAUUUUUCGGAACCAUAAGCUUCCUAGCUAUCUCACUUUUUUCGGGAUGUGCAGGAAUGGCAUUAAUGUUCUCGAAGGAUUACGAAAAAGUCAAGAAAAUUCUAACUAUAAUGAUAGCUUCAACUGUAGUUUUGGCAAUCAUAGAAUCAGUAGCGAUGUUAAUUGCUAUUGCUGCUAAACUGGAUAUAAAGUGUCUCAAAGACAAUAUCAAUAAACAAUUCGUCGUAUCUUGGGUGCUUAUACUCGUCAAUGUAGUCAUCUCACCUCUCUUUAUGCUCUCUAUGUUUAUAAAAACGUCAUUUGUCGAAUCUGAAAGUGGAUCUGAAAGGAAGACUCCGAUUUCCAAUUCUUCUUACAAUCCUUACAACAAUCGUUUCGUCAAUGAAAAUCGUUUCAAAUACAAUAAUGCUUGGGAAUAAUGACUAUUCUGCAAAAUUCCAUGGACUCACACUGACAUACGAAUAUGUAUACUAUUUUAUUCUUCAUUGAGUUAUUGCUUAUAAUAAAAC